AUGAACGGUUCGCGAGCUCGUGCUGUUUAUCGCCCAUAUGAUGGCAGCGCUGAGAGCCAGCGUGGUCUGCUCGUGAUCGGCGGUAGCGGUGAACUCGGCUCCGCUCUUGUGCGGGCGGCAGCCGAAGCUGCGGAAACGCCAACUGUAAGUGGCGUUCGUGCCGUCUGGGCGACCUACCGCACUCGAAGACCGUCAGUGUGCACACCGGUUGGAUCAAAAGCUCCUUCCGUACGAUGGUUUUACCUAGACACCGCUGAUAGACGUGCUACUUCAGACCUGAUUCAGCGAGCAAGCACGGAAAUCGGACCGUUGCUCACGGUGGUUUUUUGCGCUGUUCCGAAACACGGUGGUGCCGCAGGCCCAGGCGGAGACGACAUUCGCUCUGGAAUCGUUGACCAUGUUCUCUACGCAGCAGAGGCAACCAAGCUCGCAGGCAUGGUAGAGGGUGCGGAGCGCAGUUCGUGCCGCUUUGUCGCGAUAUCGACGGACCAGGUGUUCGAUGGCGUGCCGCCGCACCCGCCGUAUACCACGGAUGCCCCACGCCGACCGCUCAAUCCGUAUGGUCACUACAAAGUAGAAAUGGAGGAUACCUUGCAAAACAUACACCACCCUGAUCUUGUUAUUGCCCGUACAUCACUUAUUCUAACGCUCGGUAUGCAACCGCAUGAAGAUGGAAAAGCGAUCGCGUUUCUGCGCUCGGCUCUCAUCGAAACGCACGAAAAGCCGUUGGUUCUCUUCACCGAUGAGAUUCGAAAUAUGUCAUGGUCGAAUGACUUGGCCGAGGCACUUGUCGAGGUCGCCACUGCUAUUCGAUGCGAGCGCGUCACGAUGGAUGGUGAUACAGCCACCGUCAUUCAUCUGGCGUGCCCGGAAACAACGAAUCGCUUUGCGCUCGCCCAGCGUCUCUUAUCGACACGAUGGAGCGAGUACCGUCAUCGGGCAGCCGGGCGAAUCACGCCCGGCCUUUCAGCGGAGAGCGGUCUGCGGCGGCCUUUAGAUCUGACCAUGGACGUCACUUCGAUGGCUGAGACCGGAUUGGUGACGCGUACGCGGCUACGCAGUAUCUUCGAGUACCUCCAGUGA